AUGGCAGCUACCGCAGACCAGGACGUCGAGUCCAAGAUCCAGCACAAUGUGCACCAGGAUGUCUACGACGAGAAGGCCGGCAUCAACACCUUCAAGGCGGAUGCCAUCGAGGCUGAAAAUGCCGAGUACAACAUGACGGUCUUGGAGGCUGUCCGGGCAUACCCCAUGGCUUCAUUCUGGGCGUUUGUCAUGUCUUGCACCAUUAUCAUGGAAUCUUACGAUGUCUUCCUCAUGGGCAAUUUCUUGGCCUUGCCUAAAUUCAUUGAAGAUUUUGGCGUCGUGUCCCCUCUCACGGGCCAGAAGGUUGUUGAGGCCAAGUGGCAAUCGGCUUUGCAGGUUUCUGGCCAGCUUGGUGCUCUCAUUGGUGUGUUUCUCGCAGGUCCAUUGACCAGCAGGAUCGGAUAUCGGUGGGCCACGUUGACCGGGCUCAUGCUCCUGAAUGUUUUCAUCUUUGCGAUGUAUUUUGCCAAGAGCUUGCCCGUUAUGUUCGUCUCUCAGCUACUCGAGGGCAUUCCGUGGGGUAUCUUCAUUGCCAACGCACCUGCGUACUGCUCGGAGAUUGUGCCACUCAGGCUGCGUGCCCCUGCCACACAGAUGCUGCAGAUGUUCUGGGCCAUUGGAAGUAUCAUCGUCGGUGCUGUGACCUACCACUACAACGACAUCAACGCAGAAGUCGCAUACAGGAUUCCAAUCGCGCUGCAGUGGAUGUUUCCCACACCCCUCGCUAUCCUCAUCUUCCUGGCACCAGAGUCUCCGUGGUGGCUGGUUCGUAAGGGUCGCACUGAAGAAGCUGCCAAGUCGGUCGAGCGCCUCGGAAAGAAGUCCACAGUCCAUUCCAGUGAGACGGUCGCUAUGAUGAGGCGUGUUAUUGAGCUCGAGAAGAGCGAGAAGAAACCCAACCACGUCGAACUUUUCAAGGGCACCGAUCUCCGACGCACCCUCAUCGUUUGCGGUGUUUACGCCGCGCAGAAUUUGACUGGUAACCUUAUCGCCAACCAGGCCGUCUACUUCUUCAAGCAGGCCGGCAUGAAUACCGAAACCGCUUUUGCCCUGGGUCUCAUUACAUCAGCUCUGCAGAUGAUUUUUGUCAUGCUCUCGUGGUUCUUGACCACUUACUAUGGUCGCCGAUCCAUUUAUCUGUGGGGUUCAGCCGGCAACUGUGUCCUGCUGAUCGCGCUCGGUAUCGCGGCUUCCGUUGGCGGCGGCAAGGCGGCAAGCAAUGCGCAAGCAUCCCUCGGUCUUAUCGUUUCGGUGUUGUUCACUCUCGGUCCAGCGCCCGCUUCGUGGGUCAUCAUCGGAGAGACAUCUGCCAUCCGUCUCAGGCCCCUUACCACCGGUAUGGGUCGUGCCACCUACUACAUUGUGGAAAUUCCUUGCAUUUUCCUCGCUUCCUAUAUGCUCAACGUCGAUGCGGCUAACCUCGGCGGCAAGUGCGGUUACGUCUGGGGUGGUACCGCUUUCUUCUGUCUCGUUGUUGCCUGGUGGGGUCUGCCUGAGAUGAAGGGUCGCUCGUACCGUGAGAUCGACAUCAUGUUCAAGCGUCGCAUCCCUGCACGCAAGUGGAAGAAGACUGACAUCAAUAUCAACGACGACGAGUAG